AUGUCGGUGACUUCUAAGGAUGAUAUCUCUCACAUUUUAAGGUUUGUUACUGAUUGCCAUGGCAAGUUCGACCUUUCCAAAUGUGUCAUAAGAGAAUCGGCUCUUGGUGGAUUAGGUGUCUUUGCCAAGACUGAUAUCGCGAAAGGACAGUCGGUACUGACAUUGAACAAGUCCUCGAUUUUUUCAGCAUCUAACAGCUCCAUUGCCAAUUUGCUAUACGACAAUAGUAUUGAUGGGAUGUUGGCCCUGAAUAUUGCAUUCAUUUAUGAAACUACAGUUUUUAAAAAUACGAGCCAUUGGUAUCCUUUUCUUCGAACUAUACGGAUUCGCGAUGAGCAAGGAAAUUUGAAUCUGCCGCCAAGUUUUUGGAAUAAAAAUGGUAAAGAACUUUUAAAGGGCACCAGUUUCGAUACCUUAUUUGAUGCGUUGACACCGGAGGAAGAAAUUGUAGAGGGUUUCGAAAUUGCUAUCAAUCUAGCACGUAAAUGGAAUGAAGAAUUUCAGUUGGAAAUUCCUAAUGGGUUUCUAGAUGUUAAGGAAAAUAAUCAUGGAAAAGAUUUCAACUUGAAGCUGGAAAGAUUUAUUUCCGUGGCUUACACCUUAUCAUCAAGAGGGUUUGAGAUAGACGCCUAUCAUGAAACAGCUUUGGUGCCCAUUGCGGACCUGUUCAAUCACCAUGUUGCGCACCCAGAUUUAAAGUUUGUAUCAUUAUAUGAUGUUUGUGAUAAAUGUGGUGAAUCGGGUAUGUGCAAACACUUGAUAGCGGAAGAAUAUUUGGAAGUACAGGAACAAGAAAGGGACACAUCUAGAGCAGAAAAAAUGGAGACCCCUACUAUUAAUGAGGAUCUAAUUAAUAGUCUAGAGAAUGGUUUACAAGAAGAGCGCUCUAAGAGUAUUACGGAUAUCGAGGAUGAAGAUAGCGGCAUUGAGAAUGCCGAUGAAUGUGUCGAUCUAGUACUAAAGAAUGAUGUGACGCAACACCAAGAAAUAUUCAACUCCUAUGGUGAGCUGUCAAACGUCUUUUUAUUGGCUAGAUAUGGGUUUACCGUACCUGGGAACACGUAUGAUAUUGUUCAUUUAGGGCCUGAUUUUAUGAAUAUCCUGAAGAAGGAAGAAAAAUAUCAAGAGAAAGUUAAGUGGUGGGGCCAAGUUGGCCAUGGCUUGUUUUCAGCAUGGUAUGUUCAAAUGCGACAAGAAGAUGAAGGCGAAGACAAAGAUAGUGUGCCACAAUCAGAUGGGUUUUCUGAGGAUGCAGGGAGCGAGCUAGAGGAAGAAAGCGAAGAGGAAGAAGGGGAAAAUGACUUGAACUCGUGGCUUUCCCAGCUUUACAUAGAUUACAAUGGCGAGCCUUCACCUUCGACAUGGGCUUUAGCUAAUCUUUUAACUUUAACGGCCUCUCAAUGGAAAUCACUCUUCUCCAAAAAGGUCACUCCUCAUAUCAGCGACUCAAUAAUCAACGAGGAAAAACUGCCCUUUUUGGCAAAAAAGGACAAUCCUCAUUCUAAAAAGCUACUUUCCAAAUUACUUAAGGACAAGAAGCUGCCUUGUAUAAAACGCGAUAACACACCACAAGUAACAGGUAUUACUGAUAACAUGUUCCAUAGUGCUCAAAUUUUGGUACAAUCUGAGCAUGAUAUUCUGACUAAAUGUCGCAAGACACUUUCCUAA